AUGUCAAGAGCACGCAUUAUCGAUAUCGAUGUCCUACAUUGGAACGCUUCGAGUGUCUAUGUCCGCUGUCCUUUCUGCGAGCGAGUACACCGACACGGCUUUGUUGACUACGAACCUGGUCUUCGGUUUUCCCAUUGUGGAAAUCGAGCUUCAUCCUAUAGAUUUUAUUUCCCGAUCGACCAGCAAACCGGCGAAGUCGCCUAUGAGAUCGACAAGCGCAACGCUCGUUUCGUCAACGUCUGUCAACUGGGGGACCUGAAAGACGCUUCCGAUGAUGAUGAGCUAUUGGAACAACAACUGAUGAGAGCAAAUAUUUCCGACGAGUGGGGGGCUAAUAUGGUUAUUGCUGCUCGGGAAUAUUUGACAAUACGUGUACCAGAUGGUGAGAGCUUCCGAACGAAGCGAAUCCUUUUCGCAAUAUCCAACUGCGUCAACGGCCGUGCGAAUGCGGUCAAGAAAUUCCUUGACAAGUCUCCGGAUGCUGCGUUCUUUCUGCAAGGCAAGUAUACCGACGGACAGACGAUGCUCAUUCUUGCGUCCAUGGAGCAGAGUCCUGAUAUGGGUCGUCUGGACAACGUCAAGCUUCUUCUGGCGAAUGGAGCAAAUAAAUACCUCCGUGAUUUUGAUAACCGUCGCGCGGUCGACAUGGCGCAGCCCAUCGCUCGGAACCUAGAAGAGAGAGAUACAAGAGCGCCAUGGUAUAAGGAGGCGGCAGCUCUUCGGGAUCGUGAAAGGAGAGAAAUUGCCUCUAUACUGGAUGACUCACUGACGUGGAGACGAACGGUAAAGGCUAUUGCCGUGCUGGAGCGCGGCUGUGGGUUUCCUCAGAUAGCGGCUAUGAGUGGAUGGUCCCAUGAGCGGUCGCCUGUCCAUCUCAACGGACAGGUCUGGACAGACAAGGUCAUGCACCUGGCGUCUGGGAUAGGUCACACCUUGGCACCGAUUGCCAAUCGUGAUCAUGGAAAACCAGGUAGGUUCCAUGCGUCCCAUGCUGAGAAACACCUCAUGGCAUACUUCGUUGAUCGCCAUGUCUUUCUACCAGAGGACACGGGUCCAGAUGAGGGAAUCGAGGAUGAAAUCGGCCGCCUCAGUCUCCAGAUUGAGGCCAAGAUCGACUCGUGUGCUACCGUUCGCCGAUUUUUCGAAACCCAGCAAAGAAAAGAAAAUCUCGAGCAAGAACUGUUUGUGGCCCAUGAACCAAUGCCGGGAGAUGAUGGGGAUAUAGAAGAUGUUGAAUUAGUGCAAAGAUUGAAGCAGGAUAUCAGCCAUGCGAAAGAAGAACUCAGACAUCUUGAGGCACAUCCCGAGGUUGGGGGAGUGCGAUUGCUUCAAAGAAAGCUACGCUCCGCUGAAAAAAUGGAAAGAGUCCACAAUCGACUGCUCCCACUGUCAGAGAGGGCACCACCAAUAGCUCUGAAGAGUGCUGUUAUUCUGAUCAGUGCACCGUCAGAAGAGAUCUGCAAAGACUGUCAGAUGUUCCGGGAUCGCCUGAACGAGACGUUCGGUUUGUCUAUUGAGCUGGCUGAACGCACAAUCUGA